AGAAUUAUAUCGGGGUCGAUUGGAAUCGAAAUAUAUCUGAAAAAGAGGACAAGAAUCAGGGACAAACUGGAGCCCCUUUGGCCGAUUCUUGUCGUCGAAUUGUCCAAUUGAUCUCCCAUUCGCAUUAUUCCUCAUUCAACCGGCGACGACGACGACAAUGGUCAGUUCCGGUGAGGAGCGAACAGCUGCAGGGAAGACACCUAUUGGUGACGACGCGGCCAGCGAUUCAGAUGCAGAUGGAGCUGAAGAGAUCUUAGAAGAGUCACCGGACAAACGAUGGUCAAAACGAAGAGAACAAGUGAAACAGAGAGAUGUACCCGGUAUAGACGUCGCCUAUCUUGCAAUGGAUAACGAAACUGGUAACGAAGUUGUCUGGAAUGAAGUUCAAUUUUCGGAAAGGAAAAACUUUCGAGCACAAGAGGAAAAAAUCAACGCUGUAUUCGAUAAUCUGACUCAAUUAGUUCAUACAAAUCUAGUAAAGUUUCAUAAAUAUUGGACAGAUUCAAAGUCGGAAAAACCAAGGAUAAUAUUCAUCACAGAAUAUAUGUCAUCCGGUUCAAUGUCAGCAUUUCUUCAAAGAACACGAAAAGCCGGCUCAUCACUUAGCAUUAAGGCUUGGAAAAAGUGGACGACGCAAAUUUUGUCAGCAUUAAACUACCUUCAUUCAUCGGAUCCACCUAUAAUUCAUGGAAAUCUGACGUGUAAUACGGUGUUUAUUCAGCAAAAUGGUCUCAUAAAAAUUGGAUGUGUCGCUCCGGAUGCCAUCAACCAUCACGUGAAGACAUGCCGAGAGAAUAUGAGAUAUAUGCACUACAUUGCUCCGGAAUACGAAAUUUUAGACAAUACUGAGCUUACGUCGGCAGCCGACAUCUAUUCAUUUGGAAUUUGUUCACUGGAAAUUGCAGUAAUCGGUGGACUUUCGGGAUGUCAGAAUGGAAGUUCAGAAGGACCAGUCACCGAAGAUGUCAUUGAAAAAGCGAUUCGAUCGUUGGAAGAUCCGAUGCAACAAGAUUUUAUACGACAAUGCCUCAGAAAAGAUCCAGCUGAACGGCCUUCAGCAAGAGAACUUUUAUUUCAUCAGAUACUUUUUGAGGUUCACUCAUUAAAAUUGCUCUCUGCGCACGCAAUUGUCGACUCGAAAAAGUAUGAAGAUGUUUCGGAAAGUGCAUUCCGAAUAAAAGACAAUGAAACAAUUGCUGCAACGUCGAAAUUAAGAGAGAUGGCUUAUUGCCAAGUGGCCGCAUUUCAAGUUGAUCUAGAAAAAUUUCUCGAUGAUGUUCGAAAUGGAAUUUAUCCAUUAACUGCAUUUGCACCACUUGCACAUCAACCAUCUACAACAUUACGGGCAUAUUCGAAUACUAAUCCAUCGACUUUGAUCACUACGGAUAUAUCUGCUCCUUCAUCAACGCAUCCUUCAGCCAACUCAACAAUCACUGCAGAAACAUCAGUUAAUACUAGUUUACCUGGUCAAUCAUCACAGCCAAGUGGUACAACAACUAAUACAAAUGGACCAUCUUCCAUCGGUAAAUCAGCAAGUCCUGAAGCAGUUGAUAAGAAAAUCGGUGAAGUUACGAGUACGGAAUCAACGAGUAAAGUCGAAGUUGAAGUCAAUGGAGCAAAUGUUACAAUAGGAUCAUCAAAUGGGCGUGAUGCUGGAUCACCGACUCCGGAAGAAGAAGGAGAACCAAAUGGGGAGAGAGAUAUGCGGUUAGAAAAUAGACACAUUUUGGAGAUCAAUGUGCAUAUUGAAAAUGAAGAAAUGUCAAUUGUUCUUCUAUUAGAAGAUCAAAUGCAUCGGCAAUUAACAACGUCGAUCAACAAGGGUGACAAUCCAGAAACUUUGACUGAAAAUCUGAUUACACACGGUUUUAUGUGUCAGCUGGAUUCGGAAGGAGUCGAAAAAGCAAUUGCAGUGGCUUUUGAUAUUCGUGCUGCUCGUAUUGCAGAAGGUGUUCAGGAAGAGGAGAAUGAAACAUCAACGAGAGAGUCAAACUCUGAGGCUCCAAUUGAAAACGGUACUUCAAGCUCGAUAACGAAUUCGGUAAAACCAAUUGUUGAUUCGGUUGCUCCUUCAUCUCAAACACCAACAACAACAACAUCUUCCUAGUCUUCAAUUUCUGUUUCCAAUCAUCUCCAUCCCUCCAUCCCUCCCCACAUCCCCGUAUUAUAUUUCCUGUUACAGUUUUUCUCUGUUUUUGUCCAGUUUCCUCUUGUUCCUUUAACCAUUUCUGGUGAUUAGAUGGGGAUCUUUUUCUAUUAACUCUUUUCUCUUUGAAUAGUUCAAUAUGGGUCAAUCGGUAUGUCUAGGUUCUCUUAUUCACUAACUGCGAGAGCUCUGUGCGCAUUUGUUUACCGAGAAUUAACCAUUUCGAUAUUGUGAGAGAGAUCGCGCUCAAGAAAGAUGGGACGACAGUUCCGCCCAGGAAGUAAUAGAGCAACGACUGGGCGGGUCUCGGAGCCACCGCCGUGAGCACCACCAAGUCCAUAGUCGACGGGUUGACGGUGACUGUGUGCUGUAUAGAGGUUUGUCUGUUCGUGUUGACUGACUCUCGGCCCCUUCUAAGAUAUUUGGUAGUGGUAUUUGCGGUCGUGCGAAGAGACGACGGACACGGUCAAACGCCCGACAAAUCGUUUGUCCCCCCACUCACUCCCCCCAUUAUUCCCUAUUGAUCACUGUGAUAUAGCAGUUUUCAACAAACGAUAAGCGAGCACAAUGCUUAAAUUAGCGGCUCUGUUGCUGCUUGCCGCUAUCGCGGUCCGUGCCCAACACGGAACCGUAGGACGGCCUUGUGAGGUCUCCACAGAUUGCGGAACCGGAAAUUAUUGUGCUGGAAAUAAGCGAUGUGCCUGUCUGACGACAUAUGUCGAGAUUGAUUCUUAUUGCUGGAGAAGUAAGUAUUUGAUAAAAUAAAGAGAAACGAGAUUACUGUAGAUCCCCAUACUGAUCACCUUCCCCCAUUCUCGCUGUGCUAGCUUCUCGCCUUCUCGCUUUCUAACUUUAAUUCACAUUCUUCUUGUCGUUUUCAUCAUUAUUCAUAUUUCACGUACAUUUGUGUAUUCAUGUUGAAUGCAUGCGUUUUUUCAUGUUAGGCACUUUUCCGUUUUUCCCCUUCAUAGUCCCAUCAAACUUUCAUUUCAAUUCUUCGUUUCCUUUUUAUCUAUGUGAAAAUGGCAUCGAAAACGUCUAGAUUCCCUACAACGAUUCCCGUAACACGGGCUCCAAAAUUUCUAGGUUUUUACCCGAUAUCCGCCGUGAGUUGCUCGGGUCGUGCCAACUUCUAAAAUGAGAUCUCUUGGCACAACGAACCGAAAACUCCCGGCGUCUUCGUUCCCCAUCCAGUUUGUUCUCCUAAGCUCAUAUCGUGGCCCCAUCCCUUUAGACUUUCUUCUUUGUUUCUCACAAUCUAUAUUCUUUUUAUUUUGGCAAAUACUAUGUAUGGCAUUUUAAAUUGUGAUUCUAUGUAUCUUCCAACGAAUAAUGCCAUACAAAGAAUUUAGUAUCCUGAUUCGUUUUAUCUCGCGCUGUUAUCCUCGUCUCCCGUGUUUUUAGUAUACCCUAGGUCCUUCUAUUUUCUUCUCUUGUCAAAACGAAACAUCCAGAACCAACACGGAUGCUCAUCAACAUUAUUUUUUAUUGUUUCGUUUCAUUGCUUAUCGUCGUCGUUUUGCUGGGUUGUUGUUCUCCAUCCUGGCGGGUUGCUCUUUUAACUUUUUUCUCCUCAUCCGAUUUUAGUUGUCGUUUCUGCAAAAUUUGAGUCACAAAAAUGCCACCAGCGCAAGCACACACACAUAUAUAAGCCUAACUUAUUUUGCCACCGACUGCUUUUCUCUUAUUUUCUCUUUUCUUACCUUCCUUGUGAACCAUUUUCUUCUUUGAUGCAUAAAUAAAUUAUGAAUUGAUUA